CUACAGAUCUUACCAGUCUACCUUCUCCUGGUCGUUCUCGUCUCUGCUGGCCUCGUAGCUGUCGAUUGAUGUUUGAAAGGAGUAGGGUGCUAUAAUCAUGGCGCACAACGCGUACACUUACCCCCAGCCUGGGAUGGCGACGCAGUAUGACCCUAGAACUCAGUCCUAUCCGUACCAGGCUUACCUCAAGCAACAGCCGCAGCUCCCUCAGCAGCAGAUCUAUAACCAUGUGAACGUGAACGCUGCCUACUCUCAUGCCGCUACAACAUAUCCCGGGCAUGCGCACGCUGGAAUUGCUGCGCAUGCUGCACAGUCGCCUCUGCCUGCCCAACCACAGGCCAUUGCCUACGGACAUCCUCCACAUCCUCAGUAUGCUGCCCUGCCUACAUUUUCACCACAGGCAAGCUACGCACCCUCAUUCGAACAACACGGUGCCCUUCCGCGACAUACGACACCGUCGCCUGGACCUACGAGACGACCGCUGCCCGACCCGGGACGCGCAGCACGGAGUAACUCCAUCUCUACCCACCCGCCGCUUCAACCAACGCCAUCUCCUGGUCCGCCUGCGCCUACUCACAGGACAUCCCUCUCGGUCUCUUCCAUUCCGACACCUGCGCGACCCACCACUCCUACGUCGCCUCGGGCACCACAACCGAAGCCGACCGUCGCGGUAAGUCCUCCUCGUCCCCUUCCUCAACCAGCGUUACCGCGGUCCCUUGGGCAACCGAACCUUGCGCGAAGUCCCAGCCCGACCAAGCGUACGUUCGCCGAGGCGCAGAUGGCCUCCCCGCAUCCCAUUGCGCAGGCGCGAAGCGUUGCCGAGGCCGUACUCCCGCUCGGUACCCCGUCUGGUCAGAGGUUCGUACCGCACUGGAAGCGUGCCCUACCUACGCCAGGCCAACCGCAAGUCGAGCGACGGAGUACUGUGUCGGGCCCCGCACCAACUCCACCACCGUCAGUACGUCCGCUGCCACAGUCACCAGGUAGUCAGUCCCGGAGCCAGUCCGGGCACCAGUCACAGCAACCGUCUGCAGGCCAGACAAGCUCGCCUCCUCGGAAACUGCCACAGCCUAACGGACGACCCCUCGUCCGUUCGCCGAGUCCAUCGCCCGGUGCACGGGAAGGUUCUGCAGAGAGCUCUGAUGAUGAUGACAUCGCUGGGAGUGCGUUGCUUUCGCGUCCACAGGACUGGGCAGGUCGCUCGAGCCCGCAAUACGGCAUUCGAGAUCUCCCAUCGCAGAUCCGUUCGAGCGCAAGCAGAGACUCGAAUACCACGCAACGAAGCGCGACCUCGCGGUUUGCAGAAAUGUCCCUGCACGACCCUGGAGGCAAUGUGGACUUGGACCCACGCCCACCGUCACGCCACGGUCAUUCCCAGUCCGUGCCGACUGUCCCGGCGCAGCAAUACGCGCCGCCCAUAACGAGACGCUGGCCUGCAGGCUUGCCGCAGCUACCUCGCGCACCGGCUGCACUGGAGAGCCUCGACGAUGCGCCGCCCCCCUCUCUCCGACGCUCCCCGUCCCCUGUGCGACCGGCACCAACCAGCCCCCUUCGCGGCGCGAGGCGACCGUCGAUACGUACAGACGAACUGACACGGCCCCGGCCAGCCCGUUCGGCGCACACGCCGUACGAGUCGCCCGCUUCCGCAACGCCCCCGCAGUCUGGUGUGUCGGACAGCUCCGUCUUUACUCUCUCGUCCUUCCCGCCGCCGCCUCCAUUCGCCCCGCCACAUCCACCCAUCGUUUCGCCCUCCCCCGUCGUCGCCUCGUCUCCCCCCACACGCCCCCCGCUACGCUCCAGGGACUCCGUCGGCUCGGUCUUCACUCUGUCGUCCUUCCCGCAGCCGCCUCCGCCGGUCGUGGCCCGGCCCCCGCGCAAGGACUCGCUUAGCCGCACCCAGAAUAACAGGACACCCGUACCGGCCGCCAAUGGCACCUUCGAACCGAACACUAUCAGGGCAGGAGCCCGCCAGCCAAUUCCUAAGGUGUCUUUCCCUGCGAAUGCGGACUCGGACUCGGGUUCGGACAGCGAUGGUGUGGCUUCCGGUGUGCCAGCGAUCUCCAUCAGCGUGUCGGGCUCGAGUGACGACGAUGUUGGUGGGCCUAUCAUCAACAUAUCGGGUGCCGAUGACGACGCCCCGCCAAUUCCGAGCAUCUCGGUUGGGGACGCGGAUGACGACUCGUCGGUGCCGCAGAUUAGCAUCGGUGGCGCGUCGAGGAAGGCGAAGAAAGUCGGUUCGAGGAGCCCGCUCGAGCGGGUUAUCAGGAAGGGCCCUGGGCUGACGUGCGGAGGGUGCGGGGGCGCGAUCGUUGGAAGGACGGUGUAUGCGAUGCAGGCGAAGUGGCACCCGGGGUGCUUCCGGUGCUGCGUGUGCGACGAGCUGCUGGAGAACCUGAGCAGCUACGAGCACGAGGGGAGGGCAUACUGCAACUUGGACUACCACGAGGCGUUCGCGCCCAAGUGUUACCAUUGCAAGACGUCGAUCAUCGACGAGCGCUUCAUCACGCUGGACGACCACGAGCUAGGCAAGCGCACAUACCACCAGCAGCACUUCUUCUGCGCAGAGUGCGGGGACCCGUUCAUGGAUCCUAAAGGGAGUUCAUUCCGGCCAGCCGGAGGCGGGCAGACGUUCUCGGGAGACGGCGACUUCAGCAGUGGGGAAGGCGAUGUGGGGUUCACCGUCUACCGCGGACACCCGUACUGCGAACAGUGUCACGUGCGCUUGCGCCUGCCCAAGUGCAAGAAGUGCAAGAAGCCCAUCAGGGAUGGGAUGAGGGCGGUGGAGGCGCUGGGCGGGAAGUACUGCUGGGAGUGCUUCACAUGCGCGGGUUGUGACCAGCCAUUUGAGAACCCGUCCUUCUUCCAGAGAGACGGCCUGCCGUUCUGCGAACACUGUUUCAGUAUAAUGAUCAAGAACGAGAUGUGAUGUGACUUCGGACUCUUAUGCCAUUCAUGAUCGCUGCUCAGUUAUUUAUCGCUAAUGCGAGUGCGCUUGCUCCGAUUGAUGUGCUUUGUCGUGCAUGUAUAUGAUCCCUUAACCCUUCACGAAGGAAAUGACUCGACGUGUAUCACGAUAGAACGAUGCCCCUUGGUUUGGCGAGUCUUGUUGUAAUUGGCACGCAAUAUAACCGUGUUCUCAGUGAUGCUACUGGUAUGUACAUUACCCUCGCCUUGCUGCCACGCAUUAGGCCUGUACCCUGGCAUACGGCGGUUAUACACACAGCUAUGCACGGGAGGAGGGGGCCUUCAAACGUUCUCCUGCAGGU